GUGGUGAUGCAGUUUACCCGCGGGUUGUCAAGGAGUCCAUGGUUGCACAGCUGCCAGCGCUUACUUAGAAGCCUGCUUGGAGGUAAUGGCUGAGAAGCUGGACCCUGAUGCCCUGUCCGAUGGUUCAGAGCCACUUUUUUCCUUUGGAGUUAUAGCAGAUAUUCAAUAUGCUGAUUUAGAAGAUGGAUUCAAUUAUCAAAGAAGCAGGCGGAGGUACUACAGACACAGUCUUGUUCACUUAGAGGGUGCCAUUGAAGACUGGAAUAAAGAAAGCAGCAUGCCGUGCUGUGUCCUGCAGCUCGGAGACAUCAUCGAUGGCUACAACGCACAGUAUAAAGUAUCGGAAAAGUCUCUAGAAGUUGUCAUGAACACAUUCAAAUUACUUAAAGCCCCAGUUCACCACACAUGGGGAAACCAUGAAUUCUAUAACUUCAGUAGAGACUUCUUAACGAACUCUAAACUUAACAGCAAGUUUCUAGAAGACCGAAUUGUGCAGCAUCCUGAGACCAUGCCAUCAGAGAACUAUUAUGCUUAUCACUUCGUACCAUUCCCUAAAUUCCGGUUCAUUUUACUUGAUGCUUAUGACCUGAGUGUCCUGGGCAUAGAUCAGUCUUCUCCAAAAUAUGAGCAGUGUAUGAAGAUGCUGAGGGAACACAACCCAAAUGUGGAGUUAAAUAGUCCCCAAGGACUUUCUGAGCCCCAGUAUGUCCAGUUUAAUGGAGGAUUCAGCCAAGAACAGCUGAACUGGUUGAAUGAAGUUCUUACAUUCUCUGACCUGAACGAGGAAAAGGUGGUGAUCGUGAGCCAUCUUCCCAUUUAUCCAGAGGCCUCUGAUAGCGUGUGCCUGGCUUGGAACUACAUGGAUGCCCUGUCAAUCAUAUGGUCUCACAAGUGUGUGGUGUGUUUCCUUGCUGGUCACACACAUGACGGUGGUUACUCUGAGGAUCCUUUUGGUGUGCACCACGUCAACCUUGAAGGAGUUAUUGAAACAGCUCCAGAUAGCCAGGCCUUCGGCACAGUUCACGUCUACCCUGACAAAAUGCUACUGAAAGGGAGAGGCAGAGUUCCAGACAGAGUUAUGAACUACAGAAGGGAGCAGGCUGUGUGUUUGUAGUCUAUUAUCUUGUCUGUCUUUGUAGAAAGAGAAUGCUGCUGUUUUGUAUUUACUUCGUUGCAUAAAAAGUUAAAUUCUCACUGGGGGUGGUGACACAUACCUUUAAUCCCAGCACUUGGGAGGCAGAGGCAGGAAGAUCUCUGAGUUUGAGGCCAGCCUGGUCUACAGAGUGAGUUCCAGGAUAGCCAGGGCUAUUAACACAGAGAAACCCUGUCUUGAAAACAAGCAAACAAACAAAGCUAGAUUCUCAGUUUCUUUCUUAAGUAUUCUGUUUGUGUACAAAGUGGAUUUGUGGCUUUCAGUAUGUGUGAGUGAAGAUGAAAUUCAGAAGUGUUUCUAGAUAAUAUAUCCAAGCCCCAACAGCUAGACAUAAAGUAAACCAGGAAGGAGACUCAUGGGCAUAUAUAUGUAUAUAGUCUGAUAAGGGACUGUAUACAGCCUAAUUUGAAUUUGUUCUUUUUUGUGCAAGGAGUGUGUGCACUUGUGUUAACUCUAGAGCUUCAUAUAUGAAAGCCCAGGCAAGUCUGCCUUGCUUCCCCGCUGUGUGGACCGUUUUGGUUCAGAGCACCUAUACUUAGAUAAAGAUGACAUUCCUAUUCUGUGAAGAAAAACUGAGAAGUUAUUUCAGGUGAAAACAUGGUGCUUCCAUCUCAGAAGAGCCUUCAGGGAAGUGCUAAGUAACACCAGGACCAAGUGCUGAGUGCUGGCUAGCCUGCUCUGUUUGAAAUACCCAGUACUCUGUGGGACCACACUAUAUAAAAUGGUUUAUUUUUUACUUCUUCUCUAGACAGAUGGAGCCCAUUUAACUGUACUUUUGCUUGUUUCAAAGCUUAUCUGCAGAAAGUCUUGACAGCAAACCGACCAUUGAUGAGUAGAGUUUGAUUCAAGGCUGAAAAAUAGAAAUACUAGUCAAUGUAAGGACCGUGAAGUGCUUACCAGAAAACAGGUCAAUGUAAGGACCGUGAAGUGCUUACCAGAACAGGUCCAUUUUCUGUGGCUGCUCCAGGGAAUUCUUGGCAUAGGUGGUGAGCCACCACGUGCAUUUGUUCUCAGGUUAUUCUAAAGGUCAGGAUUCUGAACCAUUUCAUCAGGCUGCAAACAAAGUGUUUGUUGUUAUAGCCACAUUUCAGUGGGAAGCUCUGGGCAGAGUCACAUUUCUUACCUCUUCCAGCCUCUCCAGGUGCACUUGGGCAUUGCUUGACCCUCUGGGUAGUCUAAGCACCUGUCCAUGUCAGGAUUCUUUUUUUCUUUUUUCUUUCUUUUUGUUGGGUUUUUUGUUGUUGUUGUU